CAUUCCGUUUUCACGCAGUGCUUCCCAAUCCUAUAGAACGAUAGAAACAACAAUCAAAUCAAAUUCAAAAUUGAGUUCUGCUUCUAAUGGCGACUCUGAGAAAAGCUGUGAUCAACAUUCACAGAUUGAUCAAUUCUAACAAAGGCACCAUCUCUGCUUCCCCAAACCCCCUUCUCACUCUCAGGCCUCUGCUUGGUUAUUCAAGGAUUACGCCAUUCACGUCCCACACACAAUCCCUUGAAAUUGAUUUAUCUAACGAAGAAAGCAAAAGGCGCUUGUUUAACAGGUUAUUAUAUAGAAGCAAACAAAGAGGGUUCCUGGAACUCGAUUUGGUUCUAGGCAAAUGGGUUGAGGACAAUAUCCACUCCUUGGAUGAAAAUCGGAUUAAAGCUCUCAUUCAUGUCCUCGACUUGGAGAAUCCAGAUUUAUGGAAGUGGAUAUCGGGGCAGGAGCAACCCCCAGAAUCAAUUAGCAUAAACCCAGUCUUUGCUGCAGUGCGGGAAAGAGUUAUGAAAAACCUUGAUAGCCAUUCUGCUCCUGAAGCAAGAGCAACACCUGGCCAACCAUGGGUAAGAGGCUGGGAUGAUAUUAAGAAAGGGCAGGAUGGUCCUGUAUCUGGAAAUCAGUAGCUUGAGAUUGAACAAUCUACUCAUCUGUAACAAUGAAUGAAAUCUGGUCCACCAUUUUUGUCAUUAUAAAUAACUAAAAUAAGGGCCGGAUAAAUGCAAUUUAAAGGUUUGUAUUAGCUACUAGAGACCAGUGAAAGGGGUUUCAACAUAAAGAUUGUGACAUUCUAGGAAUCUUUACUCUUCGUCUGUUUUAUAUCUAUUAAGUUUUCUGUUGAGUGAUUACUGAUAAAUAUAUUGUAACUUUUUUCUUUUAGCCA